AUGCAUACAUCUGUUUACCUCGUUUUAAAUGCUCUCCUGGCUUCCAACUUGGCCGGCCAAGCCUCCGCCAGUCCGUAUCGCCCGCAGGUUGACCAAAUCAGUGUCCCCGAACCUGCCAGCCUCAGUCCAUACUGGCCCAAUCUUAAUGACCUGAUCUCCCAAGUGACCAAGCCUUCUUCAAAAGAGGAAUCCUUGUCGGGCGCACUGGGCCUGCGCUAUGGAAGCUGCUACUACAUCGAGAACCGACGUGGUGACACUCUGGGCUCGGACGGUGGCGUAUACAGCUACUACAAGUUUGGAGGCUCCAAGAAAAUCUUCCAAGUAUGGUAUUCCAGAGGCUUUCCCUUGAAAGACGGAAGCCAACAUCAAUGGGUGCCAGACGGUGGGAAAUUCUACCUGUGGGAUCCGAAAGGAAGCACCGUGACCAACGGCGGAAGUUGGAUUGCAACCAACCUCGGCGGCAACACGUAUCCUGGAUUUUACAGUUACUACUACUAUCUCCGUUUCAAGGGCCGUCGCGAUGAUGACCACGCAUUGGAGGCUAUGUCGCAGAGCGAAAAUGAACUGAAUAUGAUGGGGACUCGGUACCCCGUUACAUUGGAAAUUGCUAAAGUCGAGCCUCCUAAUGGGAUCCCAAACUUCAAGGGCUUGACGAUCCAGAACGACUACCUCCAGAACCGAAAUAAUGAGGAUUCGAUUGAUGUCCGCUUCCAUGAGGUCGCCUGUCCAAUCGAUGGGGCUGAUGACUAG